GAUGAGGAAGAACCAGAAAAUGCAGUAGACUUGAAUUCUCUUAUAAACACCCUAGUAGAAAUUAAUUUCAAUGAAUUUCUACAAAUAGAAACAGAAGUAUCUCUAUCUGUAGAAGAAGCCACCCCUGCAGAAGUUACUACAGAGUUUGAAAACCAUUCUAAUACCAAUGACCUUACUUUAUUGGUAAAUGACCUGAAACAGACACCUGCCCCAACAACCCGGACUAUAACUAAUUCUUUUUCCGGAGGAACAUGGAAAAAACCAAGUAGACCGAAUCUUGAAUCCAACAAUCCUUUAGAAAUUAAGACCUUUAUCCAGAAAGCCCAAUCUACAAGGAACGCCAAGAAAACUUGGAAAGGUGCUCUUAAAAUUUAUGAACUCCUUAAGCAACGGCCCAAAGAAAUUAUUUUUCAACUUUGA